AUGAAGCAAUCAAGAAAAGCAGCCAAAGUCGCCUAUCAAGGAUUAAAGGAGUUAGUUAAAUUUGGAAACUUUGCUGAGACAGAAGGUGUUCAGGCUGCUAGUACUCCAAUUGCUAUGGUGGCAGAGGAACAUGUGGCACCAUCAAGGUCAAAUCUCAGUUUUUCAUUUGAGGUUUCUGAUGAUGAUGUUAAUGAUGAUGAUGUUGAUGAUGAUGAUGAUGAUUCUGAUGAUGAUGAUCGUGUGGAUUUUCAUAUGUUUGUACCAUCGAAGGAGCCGAUCAACGAGGCUUUGAUUUCUCCAGCUGAGACAGAGAAAUAG